GUCGAGGAUCAAUGCUGAUGUGUAGAUGAUUUUAGCGACGAUACUAUUAAGCUCUCCGUAGUCGGAUAGUGUUAACGAACCAUUGGAAUAUCGGAGAUACGUUAUAUACGGACUGUGUUAUUAGUAAACAAUGAUUAUGGACGGUUUGGAUACACUGUCACAGGUAGCCCUAGCAGACCAAAUGAGUCUAGCAAACCUGUGUUUUGACACUUCAGCAUUUGGAGGGAGUCGACUUCCCUCGGAAUCAUUUGAUGAUUGUCUCAACACACCUGUUACAAGUAAUUCGGAUGUGACAUUCUUUGGAUGUGACCCAUUGGGCCCAGUACCAAUCACAGCCACCGCAAACAUCGAAGCUCAGAUUACCAUACCGGAGAAGGAUGGUAUUUUUGCUAAGAGCCAGAUACCCGUACAGCAGGAUGACCAGGCAAAUUUCUCUAAUCUUACCCACCGUAUCCAAUACAAGGGAACCCUGGUCACCACAUCCGUCACCCCUACAUCUAGCAGCAGUGACGCCCUGCCCCAGGGGAUUACGCCUAGCAUCUUCACUCCUCUAUCCCCUCUCUUCAGUAUUCUGACACAGGCUACACAAGGGAUACAGGCCCAGGUCGCAACCGGUAUCCCACAAGGAAUGGCAGGCGGGCAAGAUUAUCCCAUUAUUUCCAAUGCUCAAUGCCAACAGGUUCCGCCACCAUCUUUUAGCCCGACCCCUUCAACUUCCUCCCACCACUCACAUGCCGGGUCUCCAACACCAACUGAUCUCAUGAUGGAUCAAACGGAUACAUACUCGACAGGUUUCGGAUCCCCUGUAAGUUCAACAGAAAGUACACCCGAACCACAAAUGUGCGAAACACUCUCCGCUGUUGACACGUCCAGUCUGAACUUCUCAACACCGCCACCGCCGCCUUACUCGUCUCGCCCGCCAAUGACGUCAUAUGAGAAUCUACCAAUGAAACAACAGCCUGUAUUUAAUUCUUGUGCACAACAGCAACUCAAUUAUCCUGUGACAACAACAAUGUCUGUGAAUGCCCCUCAAAGUAUACCACAGACAGUACUGCAUUUUACAGAAGACCUCAAUUCAAAAGACAUUAACAUGAAUGCCGAAUUUAAAUGGACGGUUCAAAAUUCUCCCCAACAACAGCAACAGCAGCAGCAACAACAACAACAACAACAACAAAUGAACACAAGCCAACCACAGACUCAGUUACCUGACUUUUCUGCACUUGGUCAGGUAUCGUCACAUGGUGUUACCGGCUUCACACAAGCCGGAUUUCAACAAGUGCCCAUAAAAUCGGAGCCAUUAUCAGACUUGCCUAGUGACUUUAUGAUGUCAACUACACAAACAGACUUUGCUUCACCUUCAGCUUCGGUGUCCCCUACGCCAUCUUUACCGGCUGUGCUCAACACACCAUACCAGCAGGGGCCAAUGAAGCUGAUUCCUUUGAAGCCAAGAAAGUACCCCAACCGGCCGAGUAAAACACCUCCUCACGAGAGACCAUAUGCUUGCCCAGUUGAGAACUGUGACAGGAGAUUCUCUAGAAGCGAUGAACUCACUCGUCACAUACGCAUUCAUACCGGACAGAAGCCUUUUCACUGUCGGAUAUGCAUGCGAUCGUUUAGUCGAAGUGAUCAUUUAACUACACACGUACGCACGCAUACUGGAGAAAAGCCUUUUUCAUGUGAUGUUUGUGGACGCAAGUUUGCAAGAAGUGACGAAAAGAAACGUCACGCUAAAGUACAUUUGAAACAAAAGAUGAAGAAAGAAGCUAAAAUUAUAGCUACAUCGUCAUCUUUACCAACAUCGUCAGGUGCUAUGACGGACAGUCUUGUAUCUAGCGGGCCUAGUGCGUCACUUCCGCUCAUAGUCACUACUUCCUCGUUAUAAACAGUCUCUUUCAAAACGAGGCUGUUGACAUUAUGUGAUCCAAAGACUUACAAACAUUCAUUCAUCUCGUCAUUCAUUCAAAUAAACUACGAAACACAUGGAAUUCACAGAUUCCAAAGAGACGAACAAUAUAUCUUUAACUCAUAUGUCUUGUGCUCAAUUAUGGAGUUAAACUUUAAAUAAAUUAGUAAACGCGUGUAAAUCAUUAUCAGGGAAUCCGGUGAAAAUUGUUAUAUAGAUCAAAUGCUUUAAUAUUGUCUUUCCUGAUCCGGAUCGCGGUGUAUACAGAAUAUGUAUUGAGUUAUAUGGAGUAUAUAUCAGUAUGAUUAUACGCUGUGGGUGUAAGACUGUAAAAGUGGACGACCGUGGAAAUAAUGUUUUGAUCAGAUUGCCAGGCAUUAAAAUUCCAGUUACGAAACAAUCCCGAUUGAAGUGUAAGACAAAACAAAUGGCACCUCAAUCUAUCUAACAAAAUUUCUAGUCUUGGUCGUGUCACUUUUUUCGGUGCUAGAGCCAUGUAGUGCAAUGAUCAGCGUUAAUUCUAUAUAUAUAUAUAUAUAUAUAUAGAUUGCUUUAAAGUCAAUUGUUUAAGUUGCAUAUUAUUACAAGUUUAAAAUUUUAAUUGUAAAGUUAAAUAUCUCUAAAUUUUAAUAAUUAAGAGAAAACUAUAAAGUUUCCUUUCUUGUUGUUGUUUAAAUAUUGUUGUUGAUUUUGAAUCCUUCAUUUACGCAUUGAUCAUUAUUUUCAUCUUAUCAUUAUUCAGUCAGAGUAUUUCAUAUGUUUCAUCUAAUUUUAAGUUUAUCAUUGG